AUGGAGGAGAGGAGGAGGAAACCUCCCUGUCCGGCACUGGAGAAAGGAGUUGUGAAGGGAGAAACGUUGAUCGAUUUUAGUGUUGGAGCAACAGCAAGCCAUCUAAUACCAGUCUGCAAUGGAUUUAAAGACAUAUAUGUAAUAGAAGUUAAUGAUCUCAACAUCAAUGAAUUUGAGAAAUGGCGUCAAAAUAAACAAGACGCUGUUAACUUCUCAUAUGGAGCAAAGUUUCUCUACAAGUUAGAAGGAGGCAGAGAAGCAUGGCACGUGAAGGAAGACAAAACAAGACAAGCAAUUAAAGGAGUAGUAAAAUGGGAUAUUUCUAACGAUGAUCAGGUCCCUGUCGAUUUACCCCAAGCGGACUGCGUUCUCAGUCUAUAUCUAUUGGAAGUUACCAGCAAAGACAGAGACACCUACCAGAGAAACCUGAAAAAACUUACAUCCCACUUAAAACCUGGGGGGCACCUGAUACUGUUUACAGUCCUAAAUAUGACAUUUUAUAAGGUUGAUGAGGAGAAAUUCUUUAUUCUACCGGUUGAUAAAGAGUUUGUAAAACAGGCUGUCAUUAACGCUGGGCUUGUCCUUGAAAAAGUGAAUGUGCUACCUAGCAAAAAAAACUGUGAUCUGGUCGAUUACGAUGCAAUAAUGCAUAUAAGAGCUUGCAUGAAGACUGUUUAA